CUCCUCUCCUGCACCUUUAUAUACUCUUUUUCUUCUCCUCUCCUCUUCACUCCAAUUGCUUUCUUCAAACAAACUAACAUUUCUUGAAACAAUUCCUUCAUAUACAGUAAUGGUCGGCGUUUUCAAGCGUUCUCUUUCCUUUCCUAACAAACUCCCCAAUCGCCCUCUAUCUAAACCGCCCCUUUCUCACCAUAUUAGAUCCAUCAGUCUUCCUUGCAGGUCUCACCCUUUAAUUUCCCAAAUCAGAGACGAAAUCAAUCAGCUUAGAAUUUGGUCUUCUAAAUCUGAGAAUCGAACGUCCUCCUGGCUCUGCGACGGCCUUACCCGCCUUAAAUAUGUCCAUGAUUCCCUUGACGAUAUCCUCCAGCUUCCUCAAACUCAGGAAGCUCUUCGCCGCCAACCAAAAUGGGUAGAGAAUCUUCUGGAAGAUUUUCUACGAUUUGUUGACGUUUAUGGGAUCUUCCAAACUUCAGUUUUGGGUUUGAAAGAAGAGCAAUUUGCUGCUCAAGUAGCUACAAGGAAGAGAGACGAUUCAAAAAUUGCUCUUUAUAUCAAAUCUCGCAAUAAAAUGGCUAAAGAGAUGUCUAAACUCGCCUGCACUAUUCGAAAUAUCUCGCAAUGCUCGAUUCCUGCUGGAUUGGAUAAAUUGUCUAUUACUGAAGCAGAGAUAGUUGGUGUUAUAAGAGAUGUUAUUGAAGUGACAGUGUCCGUUUCAGUAGCGCUUUUCAAUGGAAUCUCCUUAUCAUUUGCUUCAAGAAAAUCGUCGUGGAUGGCACUGAGGUUGCCUAAAAGAGCAAAGAAAGCGAAAAUCGAGGAAGAAAUUGAAGAAUUUAAACAAGUAGAUAGAGAGAGCUUGUGGGGAUUGAGGAAGAAGGGAGAUGAAGAAGUGAGAAUUGUGUUGAAGAGAAUGCAAGAUUUGGAAAUGUGUAUUUGCGGCAUUGAAAGUGGAGGCGAGAAAGUGUUUCGGAGUUUGAUUAACACAAGAGUUUCAUUACUCAAUAUAUAGACUAUAGUAUUCUUUUUGCUUGCACUGUUUUAAGGGUUUUGUCCAAUAUGGAAGAACAGUGUCCAAAUUUGAACAGAUAUCUAAUAGUACUGUAUAGUGUUGAUCUUGUCAA